GCACCAAGGCGACUAGUUGUCUUCAUCCCGGAACUCCCCUUCAUCCCUCCCGCGUCUCGAUUCCCCAGCCUGAGCAAACCCUCCCCACAGCCCGCGCCAUGGGCGGCGAGAUGCCCGGCACCGACGGCAAGGGCCACCCCGCCCCGGCCUCCGCCUCCGCCUCCGGAUUCCCGCCGUCGGCGCCGCCUUAUCAUCAGCAGCAGCACCACCAGUACGGCACCUUCGGGGCCCCGUCCGCGUCCGGCGAGUUCCCGCAGCCGGCGGUCGGGUUCCCCCAGCCUGCUCCGCCGCCUGGGUUCCAGAACUACCCGCCGCCGCCUCCGCCGCCGUCCUACGCGGUAUACCCUCCUCUGCAGGCUUAUUCGGCCGCCGCGCCGUACUACGCCCAUGGCUACCAGGACGUGCAAGGUUAUAUACCUGUUGUUGAAGGAAGACCUGUGAGGAUGCGACGUCUUCCAUGCUGUGGCCUUGGCAUGGGUUGGUUUCUGUUCAUUAUUGGCUUCUUCUUUGCUGCCAUUCCGUGGUAUGUUGGAGCUUUUGUUCUGAUCUGCGUCCGAGUACAUGACUACAGGGAGAAACCAGGAUAUGUUGCUUGUACUAUUGCUGCUUCACUUGCUGCAAUUGCCAUGUUGCUUGGUGCCACAAAAGGAGCAGAGGUGUGGUGAGCUGGCUUUGAUCAUCGUCGGUUUGCUUAUACUCCCUCCGUUCGGAAUUACUUGUCGCAGAAAUGGAUGUAUCUAGACGUAUUUUAGUUCUAGAUACAUCCAUUUUCGAGACAAGUAAUUCCGAACGGAGGGAGUAAUACAUAUGUUCGUUCUCCCUCUACUCUGUCGGGUAUUCUGAUUUGUACAUGUAUGCGUAGAAAAGAUAUAAUGGAAGAAGACUGGUUCACUAUCAUAUGUGUUGUAUGACCUAUAAUCGUAGAAUGAUAGUAUUUGUCUUCCGGUAAAAAAAGUGUGCCUGUUGCUCU